AUGGCGAGAAAGAAGGUCUCAGAGGUGAUUAAGGUGAACCCUAAGGACAUGGGGGGGAGGAAGACGCUGCCGUGUUUCACGGAGAUGAUGGCGUUCAUGAGCUGCAUCAAGGAGAACUCGUUCGACACGACGCCGUGCCAGAAGCACCUCACCGCGCUCGACGCGUGCAUGGACACGCAGAGGUCCAAAGGCAAGACCAGAAACACAAUCAAUUUCCAUUUGCAAAGAAUAGCCAAGUCCAUGAAAAGAUAA